AUGCACGAUUCAGUGAGAUCGUUGAUAUUCUUCCUCGAUGAAGUGUACGUUGAAGGCGUCGAAACCCCCUGGCCCACUGCAGAUGAAUUUAAGGUCUUCGUGGAUACAGUCCUGGACAGGAUGCCCUUGAUAGAGAAUCUUGAGAUGAAGACCGAUCGUUCCCUUCCCAAUGAUUUUGAGCGCCUGUUAUGCAACCUUUGCUUGAGGUUACCCCGACUCUCGAAACUCACGCUCCCGAUAUACCACUUCACUCAGAAAGUAGCAACUGCCCUUUCACGCUACGAGACCCUCAAUGUUAUCGUCCUCGACUCUGACAUAGAUGAGGAUAAUCUCUUGGAGCCUUACUCGCUCAGCGGCGUCGAACCAUUCGCCUGCGAACUCCAACCGAAUGCCUUUCAAUCUCUUCAACACCUCGCAUUUGCCGCUACCUUCGAGGACGCAUCCUCCUUUCUCACCCAGGCCAACUUUCCAUCGACAAAUAUCCUCUCUCUCCGUAUUCACAUCGUCCACGAACGAGAACCAGAGAAGAAAAACGCGCUGCCCUCUUUCCUGGAUGCGCUCUCCAGAAAAUUUACUUCCCUCGGCACACUGGAAAUAAUGCUUGCCCUCAGCACUGACGAUUACUUCCCUCUUCCCCCUCCCAAGCGUACUUUUUCAGACAUAGUCGAUCUGCUCCCCUUCUCCCGACUUACGAAUUUUCGUAUCCAAGACGCAAACCCGCUGCUUGCUACCGACGCGGACGUUCAGGCCCUCGCAUCACGCUGGCCAUCGCUCAAAGAGUUCGCACUCGAUCAUUGCCCGUCGACGGAGGAGAUCCCCACUCUACCAGCUACCUCGCUCAUUCAUUUCGCUCGCCAUUGUCCCAAGCUUCGAAAAUUUGUCGUAUACGUUGACGUUCUUAGUGACGACAGCUCUCAACCGUCCGCAUUCACGUUCAACGGAAGUUGCACCAAGAUACCUCGUAUGCUGAGCCUCGAAGAACUUGACGUAAGGUUUUCACCCGCUGUCGGCACACGAUAUCGCUUGCCAAACGAGGCCUUUGUCCCGAUUUUAUGUUUUUUGACGUCGCUGCUUCGAGAUCCUUCGGUUCUGAAAUGGAGUAUGAAUGGAGAUGAUCAAGAUCUCAUCGCACAAGGAAGGAGCCCUAGCGCACGUGUACAGGGAUGGGAGACAAUCAGAGCAAUGAUGUCUUUGUUGUUCGAAAAGGAAAUGGCGGUCAUCGCGGUCGAGAAGGACAAAGAUGAGUAUAGAAGGAAGUAUGAGGCGAUGCUGGGUCGUGUUUAG